GUUCCCAAAAGCAGCAUCUCAACUUCAUCCAAGCCAGACUCAUCUGCCACUGUUUAUCCAGUGUGGAGAAACAUGGCUCCUCCCGCGCACAUCAGCCGUAUCGACGAGAUAGUGUAUACCUAUGCGAAAAACUACCCUCAGGCAAUCAAGGUGUUACGAAAGGAGCUGAAGAAGUCCCCUUCCGUCUUUUGUCAGAUCUGGAUUGCAGAACUUCACUCGAGGCUUGGUCAAUAUGUUCAAGCCGAAGAGAUUCUUCUGAGUCUGCUUGAAGCAAAACCAACAACGAUUGAGACGAAUUACCUCCGACGUGUGUACAACGCCUAUGCCCUGAAUAAGAGGAGACAGGGAAUCAUUUUCCUUGGAGCUCCAUCCCUAGUUUUGGAUCAUUUCAAGGCUGCUGAAGCAAUUUUCCUUAAAAGCAAAGUCAAAGUUCCAUCUUCAAGACCCAUGGAGAUCUUCUUUCAAUGUGCUUAUGGCUCACUUGCUCUGAAGGACCUUGUCGCGGUAUGUUCAUCCAACCACUUGUACCAUAAUUCUUGAAUCCUCAUCUCACAGGCGAUAGGCUUGUCGAGAGCUCAAGAAGACACGAACUGAUUCGGAUCUUCAUUUCUUGAGCGCGCACCUCUGCCAGUUAGCCUCAGAGGCCUGUAGCUCUGAAACAUUCUAUGC